AUGGAAUUCCCCUUUGGGUCCCUGGAAACUACCAACUUCCGUCGAUUCACUCCAGAGUCCCUGGCGGAGAUUGAAAAGCGAAUUGCUGCCAAGCAGGCAGCAAAGAAAGCCAAAGAUAAGCCCAGAGAGCAGAAGGGCCAAGAAGAGAAGCCUCGGCCCCAGCUAGACUUGAAAGCUUGCAACCAGCUGCCCAAGUUCUAUGGUGAUCUCCCUGCAGAGCUGGUUGGGGAGCCGCUGGAGGAUCUGGACCCCUUCUACAGCACACACCGGACGUUUAUGGUGCUGAACAAAGGGAGGACCAUUUCCCGGUUUAGUGCAACUCGGGCCCUGUGGUUAUUCAGUCCUUUCAACCUGACCAGGAGAGCCGCCAUCAAGGUGUCUGUCCACUCAUAUCCUUUGUGGUUCAGUUUAUUUAUUACGGUCACCAUUUUGGUCAACUGUGUGGGCAUGACUCAGAACGAGCUUCCGGAGAGAAUCGAGUAUGUCUUCACUGUCAUUUAUACCUUUGAAGCUUUGAUAAAGAUACUGGCAAGAGGAUUUUGUCUAAAUGAGUUUGCUUACCUGCGAGAUCCUUGGAACUGGCUGGAUUUUAGCGUCAUUACCCUGGCAUACAUCGGUGAAGCGAUAGAUCUCCGAGGGAUCUCAGGCCUGCGGACGUUCAGAGUCCUUAGAGCUUUAAAGACCGUCUCUGUGAUCCCGGGGCUGAAGGUCAUUGUGGGAGCCCUGAUCCACUCGGUGAAGAAACUGGCGGACGUGACCAUCCUCACCGUCUUCUGCUUGAGUGUCUUUGCCUUGGUGGGCCUGCAGCUCUUCAAGGGCAACCUCAAGAACAAAUGUGUCAAGAAUUGUACAGCUCUCAAUGAGACGGGCAAUUACUCCUCUUACAGAAAACCAGAUUUCUACUACAACAAGCCGGGCACUUCCGAUCCCUUACUGUGCGGCAAUGGCUCUGACGCAGGCCACUGCCCUGAAGGUUAUUUCUGUCUUAAAACAUCUGAAAACCCAGAUUUUAACUACACCAGCUUUGAUUCCUUUGCUUGGGCUUUCCUGUCACUGUUCCGCCUCAUGACACAGGAUUCCUGGGAACGCCUCUACCAGCAGACCCUGAGGGCUUCUGGGAAAAUGUAUAUGGUCUUUUUCGUGCUGGUCAUCUUCCUGGGGUCUUUCUACCUGGUCAACUUGAUCUUGGCUGUGGUCACCAUGGCUUAUGAGGAGCAGAACCAGGCCACCAUUGAUGAAAUUGAAGCCAAGGAGAAAAAGUUCCAGGAAGCCCUCGAGAUGCUCCGGAAGGAGCAGGAGGUGCUGGCCGCACUGGGGAUUGACACGGCUUCUCUCCAUUCCCACGAUGGAUCCCCUUUAGCCUCCAAAACCGCGGGUGAGAGAAUGCACAGGCUGAAGCCACGGGCGGCAGAGGGCUCCACAGAUGACGACAAGUCACCCCGCUCUGAUCCUCACAACCAGCUCGGGAUGUCCCUCCUAGGCAUCACCUCUGGGAGGCGCCGGGCUAGCCACGGCAGCGUGUUCCAUUUCCGGGCCCCUUGCCCGGAUGCCUCGUUCCCUGACGGGGCCACAGACGACGGAGUCUUUCCUGGAGCCUGUGACAGCCAUCGCGGCCCCCUGCUGCCGGGUGGGAGUGCCGGCCAGCAGGGUGCCCUCCCCAGGAGCCCGCUGCCUCAGCCCUCCAACCCUGGCUCGGGCCGCGGAGAAGACGGCCCCUCCGCAGUGCCCGCGGGCGAGCUUGGCCCGGGAGGCAUCGAAGUCCCGGCAUUUGAUGCAGAACAGAAGAAGACUUUCUUGUCAGCAGAAUACCUGAACGAACCUUUCCGAACCCAAAGGGCGAUGAGUGUUGUCAGCAUCAUGACCUCUGUCCUUGAGGAGUUCGAGGAGUCUGAACGGAGGUGCCCGCCCUGCUUGGUCAGCUUGGCUAAGAAGUACCUGAUCUGGGAGUGCUGCCCCACGUGGGUGAAGCUCAAGACGCUUCUCUUCGGGAUAGUGACAGACCCCUUCACGGAGCUCACCAUCACCCUGUGCAUCGUGGUGAACACGCUCUUCAUGGCCAUGGAGCAUCACCGCAUGAGCCCCGACUUCGAGGCCAUGCUCCAGAUAGGCAACAUCGUCUUUACUGUGUUCUUCACUGCUGAAAUGGUCUUCAAAAUCAUUGCCUUCAACCCCUACUAUUACUUCCAGAAGAGAUGGAACAUCUUUGACUGCAUCAUCGUCACCGUGAGCCUGAUGGAGCUGGGCGCGGCCAAGAAGGGCAGCCUGUCGGUGCUGCGGACCUUCCGUCUGCUGCGGGUCUUCAAGCUUGCCAAGUCCUGGCCAACCUUAAACACGCUCAUCAAGAUCAUUGGGAACUCCGUGGGGGCGCUGGGGAACCUCACCAUCAUCCUGGCCAUCAUCGUCUUUGUCUUCGCUCUGGUUGGCAAGCAGCUCCUCGGGGAUAACUACCGUGAUCACCGGUACAAUAUCUCUGCGCCCAACGAAGAAUGGCCGCGCUGGCACAUGCAUGACUUCUUCCACUCCUUCCUCAUCGUCUUCCGGAUCCUGUGUGGAGAGUGGAUUGAGAACAUGUGGACCUGCAUGGAAGUCGGCCAGAAAUCCAUAUGCCUCAUCCUUUUCUUAACAGUGAUGGUGCUGGGGAACCUGGUGGUGCUCAACCUGUUCAUUGCCCUGCUGCUGAACUCCUUCAGUGCUGACAAUCUCACGGCUCCAGACGAAGACGGGGAAGUGAACAACCUGAAGACGGCCCUGACACGGAUCCAGAAGUUUGGCCAACACACCAAGAAGGCCCUUUGCAGCUUCUUCAGCAGAAGGCCCAAGGCAGAGCCCCAGCCGCUGGCGAAACCCCCACUCCCUAGUGCCAAAGCUGAGAACCACAUUGCUGCCGAUACGGCCACGGGGAGCCCCGCGGGGCUGCCCGAGCCCAGAGGCCCCGGGGACGACCACAGUGACUUCGUCACCAACCCCAGCGUGUCGGUCUCUGUGCCCAUUGCUGAGGGUGAAUCUGACCUCGAUGACCUGGAGGAGGAGGAUUCUGAGGAGGAUGCUCAGAGCUCCCAGCAGGAAGUGAUCUCUCAAGGGCAGCAGGAGCAGCCACAGCAAGUCGGGAGAUAUGAGGACGACAUGGCACCCAGGAGCCCGGGCUCUAAAACGUCCUCUGAGGGCCUGGCUCCAUACCUGGGUGAGAAGCAGAAAGACGAACCUGCUGCCCAGGUGCCCGCAGAGGGGGCGGACGACGCGAGCUCCUCGGAAGGCAGCACGGUGGACUGCCUGGACCCCGAGGAGAUCCUGAGGAAGAUCCCCGAGCUGGCAGACGACCUCGAAGAGCCAGACGACUGCUUCACAGAAGGCUGCAUCCGCCGCUGUCCCUGCUGCAGAGUGGACACCGGUGAGUUUCCGUGGGCCGUGGGCUGGCAGGUGCGCAAGACGUGCUACCGCAUCGUGGAGCACAACUGGUUCGAGAGCUUCAUCAUCUUCAUGAUCCUGCUGAGCAGCGGGUCCCUGGCUUUCGAGGACUAUUACCUGGACCAGAAGCCCACAGUGAAGGCCUUGCUGGAAUAUACUGACAGGGUGUUCACAUUUAUCUUUGUGUUCGAAAUGCUGCUCAAGUGGGUGGCCUACGGCUUCAAGAAGUACUUCACCAACGCCUGGUGCUGGCUGGACUUCCUCAUCGUGAACAUCUCCCUGACAAGCCUUAUAGCGAAGAUCCUGCAGUAUUCUGACGUGGCAUCCAUCAAAGCCCUUCGAACCCUCCGUGCCCUGAGGCCCCUGCGGGCUCUGUCUCGAUUUGAAGGCAUGCGGGUGGUGGUCGAUGCCCUGGUGGGCGCCAUCCCCUCCAUCAUGAACGUCCUGCUCGUCUGCCUCAUCUUCUGGCUCAUCUUCAGCAUCAUGGGCGUGAACUUCUUUGCUGGGAAGUUUGGGCGGUGCGUCAACAAAACCAAUGAAUACCUUUCUCUUGUGCCUCCGUCUAUCGUGAACAACAUGUCUGACUGUAAAAAUCAGAACCACACUGGCAGCUUCUUCUGGGUCAACAUGAAGGUCAACUUUGAUAAUGUUGCAAUGGGUUACCUCGCGCUUCUGCAGGUGGCAACCUUUAAAGGCUGGAUGGACAUCAUGUACGCAGCUGUUGAUGCCCGAGAUGUGAACCUGCAGCCCAAGUGGGAGGACAAUGUGUACAUGUACCUGUACUUCGUCAUCUUCAUCAUUUUCGGUGGCUUCUUCACGCUCAAUCUCUUUGUUGGGGUCAUAAUUGACAACUUCAAUCAACAGAAAAAAAAGUUAGGGGGCCAGGACAUCUUCAUGACAGAGGAGCAGAAGAAGUACUACAACGCCAUGAAGAAGCUGGGCUCCAAGAAGCCCCAGAAGCCCAUCCCUCGGCCCCUGAACAAGUACCAGGGCUUUGUCUUUGACGUUGUGACCAGACAAGCUUUCGACAUUGUCAUCAUGGUCCUCAUCUGCCUCAAUAUGAUCACCAUGAUGGUGGAGACCGAUGACCAGAGCGAAGAAAAGACAAAAAUCCUCAACAAAAUCAACCAAUUCUUUGUGGCUGUCUUCACGGGAGAGUGCGUCAUGAAGAUGUUCGCCUUGCGGCAGUACUACUUCACCAACGGCUGGAACGUGUUUGACUUCAUUGUCGUGGUCCUCUCCAUUGGGAGCCUGGUGUUUUCAGCGAUUCUUACCUCACUUGAAACUCACUUCCCCCCGACACUACUCCGAGUCAUCCGCCUGGCCCGAAUCGGCCGCAUCCUCAGGCUGAUCCGAGGGGCCAAGGGCAUCCGCACGCUGCUCUUUGCCCUCAUGAUGUCCCUGCCUGCCCUCUUCAACAUAGGGCUGCUGCUCUUCCUCGUCAUGUUCAUCUACUCCAUCUUCGGCAUGGCCAGCUUCCCCCAUGUUAGGUGGGAGGCCGGCAUCGACGACAUGUUCAACUUCCAGACCUUCGCCAGCAGCAUGCUGUGCCUCUUCCAGAUCACCACGUCGGCGGGCUGGGACGGCCUCCUCAGCCCCAUCCUCAACACGGGCCCCCCCUACUGCGACCCCAAUCUGCCCAACAGCAACGGCUCCCGGGGGAACUGUGGGAGCCCAGCCGUGGGCAUCCUCUUCUUCACCACCUACAUCAUCAUCUCCUUCCUCAUCGUGGUCAACAUGUACAUCGCAGUGAUUCUAGAGAACUUCAAUGUGGCCACACAGGAGAGCACCGAGCCCCUGAGCGAGGACGACUUUGACAUGUUUUAUGAGACCUGGGAGAAGUUUGACCCAGAAGCCACUCAGUUUAUUACCUUUUCUGCCCUCUCAGACUUUGCAGACACCCUCUCUGGCCCCCUGAGAAUCCCAAAACCCAAUCAGAAUAUCUUAAUCCAGAUGGACCUGCCCCUGGUCCCUGGAGAUAAGAUCCACUGUUUGGACAUUCUUUUUGCCUUUACUAAGAAUGUUCUGGGAGAAUCUGGGGAAUUGGAUUCUCUGAAGGCAAAUAUCGAAGAGAAGUUUAUGGCAACCAAUGUUUCAAAAGCAUCCUAUGAACCAAUAGCAACCACCCUCCGGUGGAAGCAAGAAGACAUUUCAGCUACUGUCAUUCAAAAAGCCUAUCGGAGCUACGUGCUGCACCGCUCCAAGACGGUCUCCAACCCUCCAGCUGUGCCCAGAGCUGAGGAGGAGGCUGUGUCACUCCCAGAUGAAGGCUUUGUUGGAUUCGUGGCAAGCGAAAACUGUGCAUUCCCAGACAAAUCUGAAAGUGCAUCCGCUGCUUCUUUCCCACCAUCUUAUGACAGUGUCACCAGAGGCCUUAGUAAUCAAGUCAGCAUGAGCACAUCUAGCUCAAUGCAGAAUGAAGAUGAAGCUACCGGUAAGAAAGCAACUGCCCCUGGGCCCUAGUGAGGACACUCUGGCACGGACCUAAUCAGUUCUGAUAUGACCUUCUGCUCUGUGAUAACUUUCCCACUACAGGUGGCACCCAGCUACCACUUCACCAAUGCAUGCCACCGGUCAGUGUCAGAACUGGGCAGAGAAUGCAAUUGGUGCCCACCUUUGCAGAGGCCCUCAUACACCCACGGGAGUCAGAAGCCAAGAGCAUCUCCACUGUGACUACCCUUUUGAAUUUCAGUAUCAGAUGACGUUUUCUCUUACUUUCCAGAAAAUGUCCCUGGUCCUUUUAUUUUAACCGUGACCAGAGCUUACACUUACUGUGACAAACUUCUCAGGACCAGAACUUCCAAAGAUGUAUGGCAAGGAUGUUGCUGAAGGUCCAAGGCAGUCCUCUGUGAAGCAACACAUGGAGAUGGACAAUGCUAUUUAGGAUUCUGCAUGACUGCAUGUUGAGAGUUGCCAGACAAUUGUUCCUGCCCAGGGUAACA